UGUGUGAAACACUGGUUUUCUGUUCUUCGUCCUUCGCCCUGGCGGUGUGCGGAGCCGCCGUCUCGUCGGGCGGUGGCACUGCCCAGCGUGGCCUUCACACCUCCGCCGUCAGCAGCGAGCGCCUUGUGUCCAGGUUUUGGUGUGAAUCCUCGACACUUAUUUUCUGUCUGUCUAAAACUGGGAGCAGGGUACGAUGCGCGCUACAGAUGCGAAACAUGCAGCAAAGAGGAAGCCAAGUACAGAUGUCCACGAUGCAUGAAAUAUUCCUGCAGUCUGUUGUGUGUGAAGAAGCACAAGCUUGCACUGAGCUGUAACGGAGUCAGGGAUAAAACAGCGUUCGUUGCUGUAAAUGAAUUUACUGACUUGAACCUUUUGAGCGAUUAUCGGUUCCUGGAAGAUGUAGGACGGACAGCUGAUGCUGCUGCUCGACAUGCUACUGUGCAUAAUGCAGCAACAAAAAAACUUUUAUAUUGCCUGAGAAACAAAGCUCGAAGGUGUAAUAUUGACCUGAGAACGCUGCCUGUCGGAUUUACAAAAAGAAGAGAAAAUUCAACCACCUUUAAUUUCACGGAGAAGAAGUUCUACUGGCAUUUGAAGCUCGUAUUUCCUCACUCUCAUGCUGAAUACACUUUAAAAGGGGUGCCUGACGACAAAACUCUCGCUGACAUCCUUAAGCCAUACAUUGAUCCGGUGGAGUCAGAUCCUGUAGUUUGUCAAAGAUUAAAAAUCUAUACAGCGUCUCCUCAGUCGGAUGUCCAAAUUUUAAUGAAAAUUGAAAACAGGAGACGAAACUCUAUCAGGUACAAUGAACUGGAUGCCAGUAGAAGCCUCCUAGACAAUUUGAAAGGCAAAGUAAUAAUUGAGUAUCCAACGUUAUUUGUGGUCUUGAAAACAUUGAAGAAUGACAUGGUGGUUCUUGGCCAAGGUCCCUUGCUUCUUGGCAGUCAGCCCUACCCCUAUGAUUUCGAUAUCGGGCGGGAAUUACAACUGAUUGACUCGUGCACGCUGUGUCCCGUGCAUUAUCGGCGUUUGUCAGCCGUAGAACUUCAUCUUGACGAGACCGUAACUGUACUUCGUCAGCUCCCCUUCGAUGGCAGUGAACCUGCGGAGAACUCGGACGGUGAAAGUUCAUCCCCGUCAUCUGUGGAAGAAGGGGAAAUUCAGGACAGUUCAUGA